CGGCCAACAGCGACGCAGUAUUCGAAAUUGGGCGAGCGGCGGGAGAGGCGCGAGAGAUGGCGGAACAGCGGCGGGGGAACCAGCAGCAGCGCCACCACCACCAUCCGGCGGUGGACGACGUGAUGAAGGUCUUGAGCAGGGCGAGCCGUGACCUCCUCCUCGUCCAGCGUCAGCUAGAUCAGGAAUUCCAGCGUUCCUACCCCGACGACGUCAAUCCCUGCAAGAUUGUUGCUCGCAUCAAGAAGAUCCAGGAGGACUUGGUCUCGCUCAAGGAACUCUGCCGCGAGCUGCUCGCUGAGAAACAGGAUUUAAUUGACAAAACAAGAUCAGUUUUGGUUGGGCAAAGGCAUUCAUUGCAGAUGUUAUUGGCUUCUUCUGGUCUACCUUCAAUGAGUGAAUCUGAUGACAUGGCAUACGCAAAUUUGAACCAGGUUAUUGACGAAUGGACAGCUCAAGUGAGAGCAAAGACUGGGGACGAGAAAGACAUCGGUGAGGAUAUAAAUCAGAUGCUUUUCUCGGCAUUAGUUCAGAACAACUAAGGUUAGAGUGAAGAGCAACAAGGAGAUGAAAGCCCUUUGAGCUAAUUUGCAUAAGGUACGCAUUGAAUGAUGUAUACAGACACUCUGAUGAACUUUAGAAUGCCAUGUUGGCACCUGGUUGACUUGCUCUGUGUAGAUCUUAGUUGCCUCUUCCACGACAUUGGAACCUUUGUCAUGCGCUAGUUCCUAAUAUAAAUCCUUCCAAACCUAUUCUCCUACUCCUGUAGGCCACCCAUGUGUGAUUAUGUAUCUUUUCUAUCGAUAAUUGCAACAUCUUCAUGUUUGGAUGCAUUCAUUGCAAA